AUGCUCCACCCAGCGCCCCCCCGCCGCUCCCUCUCCGCCCGCUUCGCAUCCACCAAAGCAGUCCCCGCCGCCGCCUCCCGCCAGGGCUCAAACUACAAGAACCGCUUCAGCCUCACCACCACAGAACAACACAAAGUUAACAUGCAGGCCGUCAACAUCCCCUCAGACUCGGUCCCCGAGAACCUCAAGCCCAUCGAGCAGAUCGUCAAGAGGGCAAAGGAGCUCAAGCUCGCAGAGCCCGUCAUCUCGUACUGGUGCUGCUUCUCUGCGGCUCAGAAGGCGUUGAAGAUGACCAACAGGUCCAAAGAGGAUACCAUCUUCCUCAUGGCUCUUAUCGAAGCAUUGGAAGCCAUGAAAGUGGCCCUGGCCGCCAAUGAAGCGAUUACCAGCGAAGCAGCAGGCGCAGCCUACGUGGAAAACUUUGCGCUCAAAGUAUUCAUGUCGGCGGACAAUGACGACCGCGCUGGCAAUACCGGAAAGCAAGUCCCUUUCCAUGUCGCGGGCCAAUUCAUUGAAGUGCUUCGAUGCUUUGAGCACGGAAUGACGGAAGAAAUGGAGCAAAAGCUGCUGUAUGCUCGCUGGAAGGCCGCGGACGGGGCCAAGGCCCUGCGCGAAGGCCGAGUGCCCACAGCUGGUCCCCCUUUCCCUGAGCAAGACCACGUUUCUUCUCCAGCAGCUGCUGCUGUGACAUCACCCGGCCACUCCAGCCAGCUGCUCCAAUCGCCACCCCAGCACACACCCGGACGCGGAUCCCGUCAAAAUUCCUUUUCCAACAAUGCCCGCCCGCCUGCCCCCUCUCCUCCCACGCAUACCCAAAUCAUCUCUCCCCGUCCUUCUCCGGCACUGAAUGCUCGCAACAACCCACCACCUAUCGAUACCGACCCGCGCACCCCGCGGUCGACCACUUCCACCACCGGGUCCGGCGCUUGGUCCACAGUCGCUACACCGGGGCUGCCAGAUGAUGACGAAAGUCAGCUGCAUUUCGACCUCAACCGGCCGGACGCUAUGCUUCCGCCUCCGGCUCACUCGUACAGUGGCCAGGGCGGGAAGCGAUCGCCCUUGAGGACACCGGUAGAUGAAAAGAAGAAUGUGCGUUUCCUUGGCCCAGAUGGUGCGCCGCUCUCGCCGGCGUCGACGCAUCUGACUGUAUCAUCUUAUACUGCGCCGCCGGCACCGCCUCCCACAGACAUUCCUUCUCCGGAACCGCGCCCGAAAACUUUGCCAGUGGUGGGGCCCCCACCUUCAGGCAGACCAAGAGGUGAUUCUUCAAGCUCGAGGAACGGCGUGCCCCACGUUCACAGUACCCCGAACAAUGACGCACAGCAAGCUCCUUCCGGGGGUAACGGGGCCACUUCUGGCCCUCGUCAGCGCACCGCACAAGUCCCAAUCCCCGGUUCCGGUUCUGGGUCUGGUUCUAGUCAAGGGUUGACGAGGUUGCCUUCCUCCGGCAACGUGCCCCCUCCGCCCCCGCCUUCAUUGAUUGGCGGCGGAGCGGCACCCAGGCCGCUGGUACAGCCUCAGUCCCAAGGUGGGGGAUUGGGAUUGUCCUCACCACCACCGAUGCAGGGUUCUGUGACUGUCCUUGCGACUACACGUGGCCGUUCCAACUCGCACUCGCAUGCCCAGCCCCAGUCUCAGCCCCACACUUCUUCGAGCCCAUCUCAACCCUUCGUUCCCACUCCAAAGACCAUGUCGAGAAAAGACAUCGAGUAUACUCAAAAGCACGCAAAGUUUGCGAUUAGUGCAAUGGAGUUUGACGAUUUCGAGACAGCUAGGGCAGAGUUGAGGAAGGCGAUCAAUAUGCUGGGUGGGUGA